AUGGAAGAGCAUUCAAGGAUGGAUGAGAACUCGAGAACUAUAAAGAUCAGCUGGACUGCGCUGUUCAGCUUGGUCCUGCUGUGCUCGACAGGCACCAUCGCUUCCAUAGAUUCUUCUGGGGUUGGCGGCUUAGGAGCUGUUUCGAGCGAAAGCAAAGUAUGCAGCGAGAUCGGGGUAGAGCUGCUGAAGAGAGGAGGCAAUGCUGCUGAUGCUAUGGUUGGAACGACACUCUGUGUGGGGGUGAUAGGUAUGCAACAUAGUGGUAUCGGUGGAGGUGGUUUCAUGUUAGUGAGAGGCUCGGAUGGGAAAUAUGAAUCAAUAGACUUCCGAGAAACCGCUCCCGCGGCGGCUUUUGAGGAUAUGUACAAAGAUAACAUCAUGGGCAGCGUUCGUGGCGGGUUAGCAAGCGGUGUACCUGGAGAUGUUCGAGGGUUGGAAUACCUUCAUAGUAAGUACGGAAAACUCCCGUGGCGAGCAGUCUGUAAUCCAGCUGUCCAUGUUGCAAGGUACGGCUUUCCUGUCACCAACGAUCUGGUCCGGUACAUGGACGCCGCAACUUCGAAUGGGAAUACAUUUUUGACGGAUGACCCGCAAUGGGCUGUUGAUUUUGCCCCUAAUGGAACACGCGUUGGGCUUGGCGAUAUUUUGACUCGGAAGCGAUACGCAAAUACUCUUGAGGCAAUAGCAAAGCAUGGCUCAAAAGCCUUCUACGAGGGGAAGAUUGCGAAUUACACCGUCGCGGCCCUCCAAGCCCAAAACGGCACUAUGACACUUGAAGAUCUAGAAGACUACAAAGUCACGAUCCGCAAACCCAUAUCCAUCACCUACCGCGGCCACAAAGUCUACUCCUGUGGUGCUCCAUCUGGGGGUUCCGUCGCCCUAAGCAUCCUAAAAAUCAUCGAAGGCUACAACAUGUCCGAUGCCUCCAUCUCCAACCUAAACGUCCAUCGCCUCGACGAAGCAAUGCGCUUCUCCUACGCCGCACGCUCCUCCCUUGGCGACCCUGAUUUCUUCCCUUACAUGCACGGCCUGGAGUCCAGUAUGCUCCUCCCCUCAACCGCGUCCAGCAUCCGCGCCCGCAUCUCCGACAACACCACACACAACAUCUCCUACUACGCCUCCCCCUCGCACCCUCUAUACUCCCUGCCCUCGAACCACGGCACCAGCCAUAUUGUGACCAGCGACAAAAGCGGCCUGAGCGUGAGUUUGACAAGUACGGUCAACCUGCUGUUUGGGAGCCAGUUGGUGGUGCCCGAGACAGGGGUCGUGAUGAACAACGAGAUGAACGAUUUUUCGAUCCCCGGAAUCCCGAAUGCAUUCGGCUUUGUGCCGAGUCCGAUAAACUACAUCCGGCCGUUCAAACGGCCGCUCUCGUCCAUAUCCCCGCUCAUCGUCGAGCAUGCGAAUGGCACGCUUCUGCUGAGUAUUGGCGCCGCGGGCGGGUCGCGCAUCCCGACUGCGACGGUGCAGGGCGUGUGGCAUGUGCUGGAUCAUGGCAUGGGGCUGGGGGCUGCGCUGGGGGAGAGCAGGCUGCAUGAUCAGCUUGUGCCGGCUGCGACGGCGUUUGAAGAGGGGUUUGAGGGCGAGGUGGUGGAGAGUAUGAGGGCGAGGGGACAUAAUGUUAGCUGGGUUGGGCAUGCGGAGAGUGCGGUGCAGGGGGGUGUUGAGGGGGUGGGAUGGCGCGUUUGA